CCGCAAUGUUCCCGCACCAUGUUUUAGUUUCUAUGCUUGUUUUUUGGAUUUGAGGAUGACUGGUUGCUCCUAUUCACAAGUGGUGGUGCAGGUCCCACUUUCUUUUCCAGAGCCAGACUGUGCAGGCUAGCAAUGGAAAUGCGACACUUCUCUGAGUUCACUGUUGCUCUGUGGAUGAUGGAUUUGUACAUCCCAUUGCUCAGCACUUCCAUUUGAUCUCCCAAUUGCACAAUUAGUGCCCCAUCUAUUAGUGGGACAGGAUGCCAUAUCUUAUCCUGGUCCAUGAUUUGAAGCCCUUGCUGAUUUUGAAGUAAGAUUGAUAGCAAACUGUAAUCAGUGUGAGGUGGUAAGCCUAACGCAAGUUCUGGUUCGGGGCAUACUGGAUAGUAGUUAACAGCCAUGACUUGGGAGCCUUCUUCGAUGUCUUCUUUUAACAUGCAGGGUUUAAAGGCCACAAAUCAACCCAGGCAGAGAUAGGAUUGCAGUAGUGCUUGAGGAAGUCUCUCCAAAAGUGGACUCUAUCUUGGACAUGGUUUAGACUGGUGCCGUAUCGCACUGGUUUCCAAACACUACCUGACAUGAGCGGCAUUUUCUCUUCACUUGGCAAAUUAAAGAAUGCCUUUGCUGCAUCUAAGGCUCCAUUCAUGACCAAAGGCGGCGCGCACUUCCUCAACCACACAAGAGCGCAUACGAGGGUGUUUCAUGGCGGAAAGAUCAAUGACGGGCAAGUUAUAGCCAGAGGGGCUGGCGGUGCUUCUGGUGCAGCCGGGGCGCUGUGAUGGCGGCAGCACAUAGCUCUCCGGGAGAUGGCUCAACCCCCUUUGAGUUUGCGCCGUCGCGCUAGUAAAAGAUGGCGUAGCUA